CUGUCUCUCUCUCUCUCUCUCUCUCUCUCUCUCUCCCUCUCUCUCCUGUGUUUUUAUGCGCAGGUCGAACGUGUUUGUGGAAAAGAGUGAAUAAGAAGAAACAAAGUGUGAAGCUGCUGCUACAGGAGACUGUUUGACUGCAGGACACUGAGUCCCACCUGUUGGACACUGAGCCGCUGAUGGUGUUUCUGUGUAGAGGAACGUGGAUGAAGGAGAGAGAGUUUAACACUGAAGUGACGCAGCUUGGAUGAAGGAGAUCUGAGAGAGAGGUGAAAGUGUGAGGAAGAGGAGGAAGAGGAGGAAGAGGAGCAUUUGACAGUUGGACAUGGAUAUUAUUCAGUGUGAAGUGUGUGUCUCGGAUUAUUCUGCAGCAGUUUCACACCUGAACCUCUGAAGUUUCCACCAUGUUGUCACUGAGCAAAUUUCUUCUAUUUUUUGAACAUCAGAGGAAUGUUUUAUUAAAGCUGGUUGUUAAUCUGCUGCAACAUCAGGCUUCACUUUGAAAAGAUAUUGGUACGUCCCACUCCUCCCAUUGGCCGUCUGGUCAAAGCUCCACCUCCAGAGCUGACUGACAGCUGCUCCUCGUCUGUGAUUGGCUCUCUAACACCUUCGUCUCUGUACGUUUCUCCACGCGAUGACUCAUGGUCAUGUAGAGUGAGGCACGGACACGAUUGGUCGGUUAGUGACAGACGACUUUAUUUAUUGAUGCUUUCAGGACAAGAAGAGGAUUUCAUCUUCGAUAAAAAGAAACAAACGAGUGACCCGACCUUUAAUAUGAGGAAACUGAGUCUGUUCCAGGCCCUGACCUUUGUCCUGCUGCUGCUCGCUCCCGUCUGCCUGUCCUCCCCACAGAGCUCGUCCUGGCUCUCUGCCUGGGGGCCGUCCGGCGAGGCCUCGUCGGGGCCUUCAACACGAGCUCGACGGCAGCUGAACUUCCAGAACGAGUGGGCGACGUGGAGCGGCUGGUCGGUCUGCUCCCGCAGCUGUGGGGGCGGAGCCUCUGUAAGGACACGCACCUGCAUCACCAGGAACCCAGUAGGUGGACCAUGUGCAGGAGAACCCAGACAAUACAAGAUCUGCAACAUGAAGGAGUGUGCUCCUGGCUCCGAGGAUUUCAGAGAGAUGCAGUGCGCUGCCUUCAAUGAUCGACCCUUAGUGGCUGGAAACACCUUCAGGUGGACGACGUUUCACGGAGGCUCUGACCCCUGUGAACUGAGCUGCUUGGCCCUGGGUCACAAAUUCUACUACAACUUCGGACGAGUUCUGGAUGGAACCUCCUGCAGCUCGGAGCCUGGAGAGCUGUGUGUGAACGGACGCUGCCUGAAACCGGGCUGUGACUCCAUCUUAGGCUCAAAGCAGCAGGAGGACGCCUGCAUGGUGUGUGGAGGACAAAACACCACCUGCCUGCACCACAAGAGUGUGUAUCAGAGCAAAGGUCUGGAGGCAGAUGGACCUUUUGGAUACAAUGAGGUGGCCAUGAUACCGGCUGGAGCCACUCACAUCCGAGUCACUGAUGACAGCAGGAAUUAUCUGGCCCUCCAGAAUGGUCGCUCCCAAUUUGUUAUCAAUGGUAACUGGAAGAUUAGUGUUCCAGGUGAGUACACCGUAGCUGGGACCAAGCUGCUGUACCGACGCUCUGCAGACACCUGGGAGAGCUUUGAGGUGCCAGGACCGACCCAGGAAGACCUUCAUCUGAUGGUGCUGGCAACAGACAGAAACUCAGGCAUCGAGUACGAGUACUGGCUUCCAUCAGACCAGUACGCCCUUUACCAUGGGAGGAGGAGUCCACUGCGUCAGCCUCACCACACUGCCAGCUACUGGGAUCAACCCACCACCACCCGGCCUCCUCCAGUCACCACCAAACCACACUGGUUUUUCAAGCCGGAGAAAACGCCACGCCAGUCAGGCCACCAAACCCGCCGCCAGCAGCCUCACCAGCGCCCCCACCUGGCCGUCCUGCCGCGCCUGGAGCGGGAGGAGAACCACAGGAACCUCCUGCCUCAGCCCUCAGCUGGAAGACAUUGUGGAAAAUGUCCGCGUGUGAAAGGGCGAAGGGAACGACAGAGACAGUAUUGUCAGAAGGACUUUGUUUUCCGGGCCAGAGUCCUUGGGAAGUUGUACCGAGGCGAGGAAACGCGUUACGACGUCCAGAUCAUCCACACCUACCGGAACCGCUUCCGUCUGGAGCACCGGGAAUUCCUCUGGGUCCCCAACGUGUGUGACUGUCCUCACCUGGAGGACGGAAGACAGUAUAUACUCAUGGUGCGUCGUCACAUUAACUACGAGCAAACGUUAAACCGCAUCCUGCUGGAGGACACCAGCUACGUGGUGGCGUACAGACCCAGAGAGGACGAGCUGCUGCGACCGCUCGAAAGACUCUGCAGCAACAGAGGAGCCAAACGACCGGCGGAGCUGAGGGGUUGAGUGUGGAAACUGAAUCUUUCUUCACCUUCUCCACAGGAUCAGCUGCUCCGUCCUCCAAUCUCCGCUGAAGCCAUAUUAAUGAACCAAAAAGGUUAUUAAACCAUAUCGAGCACUUUAGGUGGACGAUAGUUCACCUUUCAACACAAACCAAAGAGGAGAACCUUGACUGAAAUAGCCUUUUUGUUACUGCUGAUUUUCCACAGCAGCCAUUUCAUUUUGUAUAUCGUGUUUUUAUGUGGAAACCUAAAAGUAAAAAUUUACCUCAAAACACUGGAAACAGCUUCACAGUCGACAUCUGCCUCUUCUCAUUCGUCAGGACUCCAGAUGUUUCCAGCUGCUCAGUAAAGUUUGUGCAGGAGCAAAUGUUUAAAUGCUAUCGACAUUAAAUGUUGGGUUUUAUUGACACUGAGGCUGCAUCCACAGAAACAUGUCUCCAAACCGUCUCCGUCCACUCAACAUGAAAACACACCUCACAUGACCCCCGACGUGCACUGGGCGUGCACGAGCCGGUGUGCACAGGAAGCAUUUGUUUGUUAGUUGCAGAGAGAACGAGGCUAAAAACAUCUGGUCUCCUCUACAUGUCAACAUCUGGAUUAACAUCUGGUCUCCUCUACAUGUGGACAUCUGGAUUAACAUCUGGUCUCCUCCACAUGUCAACAUCUGGAUUAACAUCUGGUCUCCUCUACAUGUGGACAUCUGGAUUAACAUCUGGUCUCCUCUACAUGUGGACAUCUGGAUUAACAUCUGGUCUCCUCUACAUGUGGACAUCUGGAUUAAUAUCUGGAUUAACAUCUGGACUCCUCCACAUGUGAACAUCUGGAUUAACAUCUGGUCUCCUCCACAUGUGAACAUCUGGAUUAACAUAGCAAUAUGAAAAGAACCAAUCAGCAAGAGGUUCGUCAUCGUUUCCUAAAAUCUCAGUUUCUGUUCGUCCAGAGUAAAACCCUCAGAGUUUUCAAACUAAAACGCGUCCAGCAGCGUCCACACGUCUCUGUCCAGACUCGUGUGGACGUCAGAAGAAUCUGUAGCAGAGAUGAUGAGUUUUAAUGAAAACGUAGUUGUGUGGAUGUAGCUUCAAACUUAAAGCAUGAGAUCGAGCUGCCAAAACAAAAAAUUAAUUAUAAAUGUGGAUGAGAAUAUAAUUUAAUUAAAAAAACUUCCAAAACAGUCACAAAAUACUGAACAUCCCAGAUGUUCAGGUUAUGAAGGUGAAUUUAUUUCUUUUAGCUUUAACUCAAGAUAUUUAAACACAUGACUUCAUACUCUAUUUAUGUAUAAAAACAUAAGCUUAAACUUAUUUGGUGUCACUUGUUUAAUGUAUUUCACAGUGUUUGAUAUUUGUAAAGUAUGGUUACAUCAGGUCUGCUUUGUGAUGAAAUACACAGUAUUUUAUUUUGUGGCACAGACGGUUCAUAGUUAACUCUUGUGCCUUUUGUUGUGUAUCUGAAAAACAGUUUCUCCCCCAAAGCUCAUCUACCUGUGCCAAAAAAACUUAUUUGUACAUUUGUCUAUGUAAAGUAUGAAUUAAAAUAUAAAAUUAUUAUAGUGGUUGAACCAUUGCAACUUUAUUUUAAAGUAAAUCUAGUUAUGUUUUAAGGUUUUUUUAGCACACAAAUGAACAAAAAUACACCAGAACCAGCGUUUGUAAGAAAACAUUGUAUUUACAACAAGUCUUUACAUCUACAACAAAGGAAACACUGCUACAGAUAAUAAAACUGCAUAUAUAUAUAUAUAUAUACAUCUCUUCCUAUCUCUAUAUAUAUUUGACUUAUUAUCCCAGGUUUGAACCUCAACAUGAACUUUUGAGGGAUGGGGAAGAGGUGGUGCUAUUUUAGAUUCACCUCAGCGUCUCAUAGACACGACUACUUUAUCUGAAGGCAUGAGACAGAAAACUUCCAUCUCCUCUGGAGUUCACAUUUGUUUUCGAGCACUCCUCGUUUCAAAUCCAGUAACAAAUGCAAAAUAAAAGAUGUAAACAUUGACAAUUGACUCUAGACAUUAUUAACAGAUUCAGAAGAAAAUGAUGUUAAAAUGCAAACUAACUUUUGUCCCAAUUAAACAACAUUGAAACGAA